GCGACAACGGCGCAAGGUGACUGUAGGAGAUGAUGUUGAGAUCGGCAGGAGGAUCGAUAAGACGAGCAAUAACUCAACGACAAAACCAACAUCGAUUCUAUCGACCCGGUCAUGGCGUGUUUGGACACCUGCCUGACCCUCCGAAGCGCGUUUUUGAGAACCAAGGGGGCCUAACACCGGAAAAUGCACAACGUGUACAUCUGAUCAAUGCUUUUCGUCGAUACGGUUAUUUGGAAGCAGACCUCGAUCCACUGGGACUUCGAAAGGUUGAAAGCGUAGCUGAGUUGGAUCCAGCGAUCUAUGGAUUAUCACUAGAUGAAAAUGUGAAAGGCAACUUCUCACUUCAUGACUUAGCCGAGCAGCUUCGCCAUAUAUACUGUGGACCGACAGCCAUCGAGUUCAUGCAUAUUAAUAAUUGGGAAGAACGACAAUGGAUAUCUCAAAAUUUUGAAAACUGCAUUGCUGAAGAACUUAGAAAAGAGGAGCUCCUACGAAUCGGAGAUCUUAUGUUAAAAUGUGAAAACUUUGAUAAAUUCCUCUCAACGAAAUUUCCAACGCUGAAAAGAUAUGGAGCAGAAGGAGCAGAGUCGAUGUUCGCAUUUUUCUCCGAACUUUUCGAAGGAGCUGCUGAAAAGCAAGUAGAAGAGAUUAUUAUUGGUAUUGCUCAUCGUGGACGCCUCAACUUGCUUACCCAAUUAAUGGACUUCCCACCUGUUCAUAUGUUUAGAAAAAUCAAAGGACGUGCUGAGUUCCCAGAAUCAGCGGAUGCUGCUGGAGAUGUACUGUCUCAUCUUGUUUCAUCGUUCGAUUAUAAAGGAUCCGAAGGAAAUGUUCAUGUGACGAUGCUUCCAAAUCCAUCUCAUCUAGAAGCAGUGAAUCCUGUCGCAAUGGGAAAAGCUAGAGCUCGUGCAUGGUCAAUGAAUAAGGGAGACUACUCACCAGAUGAAAGAUCAGCCCGAGCUGGUGACAGUGUUCUGAAUGUUCUUGUUCACGGAGAUGGUGCAUUUACUGGUCAAGGUGUUGUUUGGGAGUCGAUUGCAUUGAGUCAAGCUCCACAUUUCCGACUUGGUGGAACUGUUCAUCUUGUCACAAAUAAUCAGAUUGCAUUCACUGCUGAAUCAAGUGUUGGAAGAUCAAGUACCCAUUGCACAGAUAUAGCUAAAGCUUUUGAGUAUCCAGUUAUUCAUGUAAAUGGAGAUCAUCCCGAAGAAGUUGUCAAGGCAACACGAUUGGCUCUGGCUUAUCGUGAACGAUUCCGAAAAGACGUAUUCAUUAAUUUAGUUUGUUUCCGUAGAUGGGGACAUAACGAACUUGAUGAUCCAACUUUCACAUCGCCAGUUAUGUACAAAGAAGUUGAAGCAAGAGAAUCUGUUCCAAGACUUUUCCUAGAUCGCCUAGUUGAAGAAGGAUUUACAACAGAGGAAGCAGUCAAGGAACAAUUACAAAAACACACUGAACAAUUGAAUAAUGAGCUUAAAAAAGUGGAUAGUACUGUUCCGAUCGAUAUCAGUCACCGUGGACGUUGGGAAGGGUUUAAGCAAGCACCAAAAGCAAUUGAAUCGUGGGAUACUGGAGUUGCAACUGAUCUACUUCGCUUUAUUGGAGCUGGAAGUGUAAAAGUACCUGAAGAUUUUGAUACUCAUAAACAUCUAUACAAAAUGCAUAUUGAUUCAAGAAUGCAGAAAAUGCAAACUGGAGAAGGAAUUGAUUGGGCCACUGCCGAAGCCAUGGCAUUUGGAAGUAUUCUGUUAGAAGGAAAUGACGUCAGAAUCAGUGGACAAGACGUUGGACGUGGAACUUUUUGUCAUAGACAUGCAAUGAUGGUUGAUCAAUCAACAGAUCAUAUUCAUAUUCCACUUAAUGAAUUAGUUGAAGAACAGAAAAAUCAACUGGAAGUAGCUAAUAAUUUGCUCUCGGAAGAAGCGAUCCUUGGGUUCGAAUGGGGAUUCUCAUCCGAAAAUCCGAGGCGUUUAUGUAUUUGGGAAGCACAGUUCGGAGACUUUUUCAACGGAGCUCAAAUCAUCAUCGACACAUUUUUGGCUUCAGCUGAAAGCAAAUGGCUCACUUCAUCCGGAUUGACAAUGCUCUUACCACACGGUUUUGAUGGAGCUGGACCAGAACACAGCAGUUGCAGAAUGGAGCGAUUCUUACAAUUGUGUGAUUCACGCGAAGAUCAGACACCUGUAGAUGGUGAGAAUGUGAAUAUGAGAGUUGCUAAUCCAACAACAAGUGCUCAAUAUUUCCAUUUGUUGAGAAGACAGGUCGUUCCCAACUACCGAAAACCUCUGAUCGUAGUCGGCCCAAAGAUAUUGCUACGUCAUCCGAAGGCCGCCUCCACAAUUAACGAGUUCGGACCAGGAACCACUUAUCAAAAUGUGAUCUCGGAAGAGCAUGCAACAUCAUCUCAAAAAAUUAAGAAAGUGAUAUUUGUAUCUGGAAAACAUUGGAUUAACGUAGAAAAGGCUCGUGAUGAGAGAGGACUCAAGGAUUCUGUUGCAAUUGUACGAGUUGAAAUGUUAUGUCCAUUCCCUGUUGUAGAUUUGCAAGCUGUUCUCAAAAAAUAUCCUGGAGCACAAGACUUCGUGUGGUCACAAGAAGAGCCAAGAAAUGCCGGAGCGUGGUCGUUUGUCAGACCAAGAUUCGAGAAUGCGUUAGGUGUACGGCUCAAAUUUGCCGGACGUCCCGAACUUGCAUGGACCGCUACAGCAAUCGGCGAACAUCACACCAAAGAAGCCGAGGAGGUGAUUAAUCAAACGUUUGCAUAAGUCUCCAGAAGAAGUCUCUCUUCCACUUUCCUCCCACCACUCUUCCAUUUUUUGUUCUAUUCCCUCCCAUCCGCCCCAGUCUAGUAGUUUUGUGCUUGUCCAUUUAUUCUUUUCUAGUAGAUUAGUUGUCAUUUCAUACAAUGGUUUUGCUCAAUUUUCAUGUGCAUGUUCUCUUUCAUUUGUGAUGUUUUGUUUUUCUUGAUUCAUAAUCAUUUGGCUUGAAGUAUAUAAAUAUUUUCAUGUUUCAAAAUUUUUCAAUAAAGACAAUGAGUAAAU